AUGCGCGACGCCCGCGCGGAGGCACCGCGUCGUGGGAAAGAUUUGAAAUUCGAAUCGGCGUCGCGUCGAACGAGGGCGAGGGCGUCGCGCGAAGCGUUCUCGCCCGGGUCGAGCGCGUGCGCGUCCGAGCGUGGAAGUUUCGCGACGACGACGACGGUCGAGAGCGCGUCGCGACGCGAUGCGCGGGAAUACACGCCGCCGCCGUUGACGGCGGAGGAGAUCGCAGAGAUGAACGAAGCCGUAUCUGAGCUCGUCGUCGAGAGCUCCAUCCCGUUCGCGUGGACGAGCUCGCCGGCGUUCUUCCGGUUCAUGCACGCGCUUAGGCCUGAACUCUUCAGCGCCGCGGAGCGCGCGCGCAUCGAAAGCGGCGCGGAGCUCGUCGACCAGCCCGAGAACCUUCGAUGUCGCCGUUGGCACUCGACAGCCGGCGUCGACGGGUUGUACGAGAAACGUAUGAAACGCGCCCUCCGUGCGCUUGAAGACUGGGAGGAGUUGGCGUUAUCGGCGGAUGGUUGGCAAUCUGAAGAUGGCGUGAAAGUACUAAACUUGUCCAUAACGGUGAGAGAAACUGGUCGCGAGUACUACUGGAAGAGCGUCGAAAUAGAAACGGAGUCAGAAAGCGCAGUGUUCAUGCAACAGACCGCCGCGCAAGUGAUGAAAGACCUCCCACUGAAGAAGUUCAAAUGCAUCAUUGGGGACAACACCUCGCAUGUCGUCAGCUUCUUGGAAGCUAUCGCGGCUACUCCAGAGACAUCUCACAUUACUCCGAUUGGUUGCUAUGCACAUCGUUUCAACUUGCUGGCUGGAGACGUCCACGAGACGUUCAAAUUCUUAUUUCUGGAUCUAGAGCGGGCCAUCAACAAGCUCCGUGUUCAGUCUCGAAUGCGCGCGCUUUUCGACGCGGCGCGUAAAGAGAAGAAUAGUAAGAAACAACUUGAGACGUACUGCCCAACGCGAUGGGCGUCCGCGCAUGCAUGUCUACACAGCUACGUACUGAAUAUCGACGUGUUCAGAUUUUUGGACGAAGACGACGGUGUGAUCGCAAAAAAUUUCCGUAAAAUGUGUGAAAAAGACUCGGAAUCAAUCUUUAAAGUAUUCUUUGACCGGGAUUCGCAGAUGGCAGUCCGUAGGUUAGAGCCCUUGUUCCGAGGUUUGGCGGCGGCAAACAAGUUUAUGGAAGCUACUGGCGCUCAUCUUGCGGAAGUCUUCCCGCUGUGCUGGGCACUAGAAAAAGACUUGAGACAGUGGCUCGCGAACGUGAAAACGAGUGCUCAACAGUCAUGGAUUGAACGUGCGACGCGCCAGUCAUGGAUUGAACGUGCGACGCGCCAGCCGACACGCGAUGGACUCACGACGCCUGAGCAAUUAUCAGACGUACUUCACCGAGUUUACAAAGUGCGAUUCGAAGGACUGGAGGCACAGCCAGGUAACCCAAGCACGAAGCGCACGCCGUUGCGAGACGAACCCCUCGUACAUCUUGCAUCAUAUUUGAGUUACAUGAUGCAUGCGAGAAUGCGUAUCAAACAUCAGUUCGUCGUGCCGGAAGUAUAUGAAGCGAAAAAAGGUAUCGGAAAGAUUCAUUUCCACUUGGAGGAAAAGAAAGCAGACGUGGAAGCAGCCAAAACGGCAUUAGAAAAACUGAACGCGGUCACCUGUCCGAAAGCGGCACGACCCUACCGCGACGACUAUCGCGUUCGCUUCAUCGAGAAUGACGCGUACAUCCAAGCUUGCGCCGACAAAACGUUUGUGGACGUUACACUGGAGCAGCUUGAGUACAUCAGGGCACACAACUGGUGGCGCAACUUCUUGGAGCCAGAAUGCGUGCAAACCUGGCCUGCAUGGAAAGAUCUAAUUCCUUUCGCACGUCGUAUAAACGCGAUUGUUCCACAUAGUGCGUCUGUUGAACGCAUGAACUCGUCUCAGAAACUUGUGCACAACAAGAGGCUCAGCUUGAGCCACGCGAAUGUCCAGAAGUUGUCUUUCAUUUACUUCAAUGCUAGGCAUGAGCGCCGGUUAUUCGCGAGUCCCUUUCAUCGUUUGGUAUCAGAGACAUACGACGCAGCAGAAAGUCAAGUAGCCGCGAGUCCUGUGGUAGUUGUGGACAGCGACAGUGAUGAUGGAGUUGGUGAAGAUGAAAUCCUCUCGUCAGAUGACGACGACUUAGACGAGUACUUAAAAGAGGUAGACGAGCUCGUCAUGUCGCCACACGCAAACGUUUCGAAUGGAACGGAAAUGACAAGUUUAGGCAACCUCGAUGAAACCGUGCCGGUACAGGAUGAUGUCUCGCAUCCCACUCGGAACAAGGCAAAGGAAACUUUUGCACAGAAGACAGCUCGCAAGGCAUUAGAGCGUCAAGAGAAGAAGAGACGUAGUAAGAGUAGAAGAUUGCAAUAG